UUCACAAAGUACAAUUGGGAAACACAGAUCCAGUUUUUCUCGCAAUCCCAAAAUCGCUUCAUCAUCAAUACACAAAAACAAAAACAAAAAGAAUCAGGGGAUUUGAGAAAAGACAGAAAUUAAAAAAUCGAAAAUGGCAGAUGAUAGAGCAAAGGUGUUGAGAGCUGCAUCGUCAAAGCCUACCUUAAACGUGCUACCUUAUGGCACCCAGAAGCUAAGGGACCUUUACACCCUGGGGAAGAAGCUGGGUCAGGGGCAAUUUGGGACGACAUAUCUGUGCACGGAGAAAUCCACAUUGGUUGAAUACGCGUGCAAAUCGAUCCCGAAGAGGAAGCUUUUGUGCAAGGAGGAUUACGAGGAUGUGUGGAGGGAAAUCCAGAUAAUGCAUCAUCUGUCGGAGAAUCCGCACGUUGUUAGGAUCAAAGGGACAUAUGAGGACGAUGCGUUCGUGCAUCUGGUGAUGGAGGUUUGUAGAGGCGGAGAGCUGUUCGAUAGGAUUGUUUCUAAGGGGCAUUUUAGCGAACGGAAAGCUGCGGAAUUGAUGAAGACCAUUGCUGGGGUUGUGGAAGGUUGUCAUUCUCUUGGGGUGAUGCACAGGGAUCUUAAGCCUGAGAAUUUCUUGUUCGAUACCGCUGAUGAGGAUGCCAAGCUCAAAGCCACCGAUUUCGGCUUGUCUGUCUUCUACAAGCCCGGUCAAUAUCUUUCUGAUGUUGUAGGCAGCCCAUACUAUGUUGCCCCUGAAGUGUUACACAAAUUUUAUGGACCUGAAAUUGAUGUAUGGAGUGCUGGUGUUAUCCUUUACAUCUUAUUAUGUGGGGUUCCUCCUUUUUGGGCUGAAUCAGACAAUGGGAUCUUUAAGCAGAUUAUGAAAGGAAAAAUCGAUUUUGAAUCUGAACCUUGGCCUUCCAUUUCGGAUAGUGCAAAGGAUUUGAUAAAAAAGAUGCUUCAAAGGGAUCCCAGGCAGCGAAUAAGUGCACAUCAAGUCUUAUGUCAUCCAUGGAUUGUCGACGACACAGUUGCACCAGAUAGACCUUUGGGUUCAGCAGUUUUGGCACGCCUAAAGAAUUUCUCUGCUAUGAACAAACUCAAAAAGAUGGCAUUGCGUGUGAUAGCAGAAAGACUAUCAGAAGAAGAGAUAGGAGGGCUAAGACAACUGUUCAAAAUGAUUGACGCAGAUGGGAGUGGAACCAUUACAUUUGAGGAACUCAAGCAGAGCUUGAAAAGAGUAGGGUCUGAGCUAAUGGAAUCUGAAAUUCAGGAUCUGAUGAAUGCGGCUGACAUUGACAACAAUGGCACUAUUGACUAUGGUGAGUUUCUUGCUGCCACUUUGCACUUGAACAAGAUGGAAAGAGAAGAGAAUUUGGUUGCGGCUUUCGCAUACUUUGACAAGGAUGGAAGUGGGUAUAUAACCAUUGAUGAGCUUCAACAGGCAUGCGCAGACUUUGGUUUGGUUGACAGUUCUUUGGAGGAAACAAUCAGAGAAAUUGAUACAGACCAUGAUGGGCGAAUUGACUAUGGGGAAUUUGCAACAAUGAUGAGGAAGGGAAACAUGGGAAUUGGUGGAAUAAGAGGCAAUUUGACUUUCAAUGUGGUUGAUUCCUUAGCAUGCAGCAGUGAGGACAAUGAGAAAGAUCAAUAGAAGGGUUGCUUUAAUUUAAUUGAUUAAUGUUUGUUUGUUUGUAUAGUUGAUGAGGAGUUUGCUUUUUGCUCUCUCUCUCUCUCUCUCUCUCUCUUGUUUUUCAUACUUAGCUACACUUGAAAAUGAUUAUUUUUUGUUUUAACUUUUAGGACAAUUCAAUUUACCAAGUUGAGGCUUCAAUGUAAUAUGAAGACUGA